ACUUGAGGUAGAGGAACACAUAGUAAAUAAACUGAAUGGAUCAGAGAGCACUCUGCUGUUACCACAGCGAGCAGUUUACAUUGAAAUCCUCAGUAUUUUCUCGCGGUGUUCUCGAGUGGAGUUGACAGUCGUUGGCUACUCUUAAAAUAGGUUGUCGGAGGAACGAACCAAACGUUUGUUUUUUUGACGUCUAACGUUAGGUGAUGUAGCAAGCCAUGGUGAGUGAGUUACUUCAGUGAGGACAUUCCAGGCCUGUCUACUUAAACAGACAGAACAGAAACCUUGAAUUAAGGAAGCGAAUACUGGAUAAGACGUAAGAUAACAUUAACGUUCAUUUCAUACACAAAUUAAACCCGUAUGAGGUUAACGGAGCGGCUGUAGUGUGUUGUCGCUAGAGGCUGCGUAAUCAAAAUACGUUCUUUCACGAUUUUUGGCGCGAGCGUUUGAUCAUUCGUCGCUCGCGGGACAGUUUAACUUGCGCAUCUGUGGCCAAUGCCACUAAAGAAAAAUCUUCAAGAUUUAGCGGAAUACAAAAGCAGGCCAGGGCGAGUUCACUAGCCACGUCGCGUGCACUACAGUGGUUAGCUGUCACAAGGAUCUCCAUUGGUCUUGAUGCUUGUUUUUGAGUUAAUAUCAACGAAGAUCAAGAGACGAAAUGUCAGAUACGAGUAAAGAAGUGGUGGAUCUGGUGUGGGGCAGACCUAGUGGCGGAGGAGUGCCUGCAUCCCUCUUCCGCAGGUGGUCUCAAGGCUUUGUGUUCACUGAGGCCGAGCCCUCUGCACUGGAGCAGUUUGAAGGUGGACCGUGUGCUGUCAUUGCACCUGUACAGGCGUUCCUGUUGAAGAACAUUCUGUUUAACACUGAAGGCUCAAACUGGAAAGAUAUUUCAGAGGAAGAGCAGCGGACGGUCCUGUGCUCCACCCUCAGUGAGAUUCUGGAGUCAGCCUCCCUCAAUAAAACACAGGCAUUUCACCUGGCCACCUGGCCUCGUGAUAAAACCACAGACAGACACCCUGAGCCCGAGUCCAGCCAAACUACUGACACACCAACUGCUUUGGCUGCCGAGGAGCUUGGCUUUGAGAGGUUUCACAGCGUCAUCCAGAAGAGGACUCUCAGGACUGUUGCGGAGCUGAGAGAGGCUGUGUUGUUACUGUACGACACCUGGAAAAACAAAUUCGGAGUUCUGCUUUUCCUGUACUCUGUCAUACUUACAAAGGGGAUUGAGAACAUAAAGAAUGAGAUCGAAGACACCACUGAACCUUUGAUUGACCCUGUGUAUGGCCACGGCAGCCAAAGUCUAAUCAACCUGCUGGUCACAGGUCAUGCCGUGUCUAACGUGUGGGACGGCGAUAGAGAAUGUUCUGGAAUGAAGCUUCAUGGCAUCCAUCAGCGUGCCUCUGUUGGCUUUCUCACACUAAUGGAGUCACUGCGCUAUUGCAAGGUUGGCUCUUUCCUCAAAUCUCCAAAAUUCCCUAUUUGGAUCCUUGGCAGCGAGACUCAUCUCUCAGUAUUUUUCACUAAGGAGAUGGCUUUGGUUGCCCCAGAGUCCCCAUCUGAGCUGGCCAGACGAGUAUUCCAGAGCUUUGAUCCAGAAGAUAAUGGGUUCAUUCCAGACACGCUGCUUGAAGAUGUUAUGAAAGCCUUGGAUCUCGUCUCCGAGCCAGACUAUGUGAAUCUGAUGAAGAGUAAGCUGGAUCCAGAGGGAUUGGGUAUUAUUUUGUUGGGUCAGUUUCUGCUGGAGUUCUUCCCUGAUCAGGAUUCUGUGAUCCCAGACUCAUUUCCUGUGUAUCACUAUAAUGGCCUGAAGCAGUCUAACCACAAUGAGAAGGUGAGUUAUGUUGAGGGCACUGCUUUGGUCAUGGGUUUUGAGGACCCCAUGGUACGUACAGACGACACUCCAAUCAAGCGCUGUCUACUGACCAAAUGGCCCUACAUCGAGCUCCUGUGGACCACAGAAAGGUCACCCUCCCUAAAUUAACCGUUAUCUCUCACUUUUCACCUGCCAACCUCUGGCUGCACAGCCCGCUGACUUCAGGAACGCUCAUAGGACUCCUCACUCUCUCGGCACUGCAUUUAGAAAGGCCAACAUGCGGCCUGAAGUUCAAACGAGAGACGAUGCUGUUCGCCUGGCACUCACACAACGCCUAUUGUUUGCUUUUUACACAUCUCAACCGGCUUGAUUAUAAGGCUGUUUUUGUGUUUAAAGCCUUGGAUUUGAAAGGAUUGAACAUAUUUGGGGUGUGAGGGGGGGUCAUCUGUUGUGUAUACCAAAUGUAUUUGCAUUUGCAUCAGGUUUUCUUAUUAUUUUUGUCAACUUUGUACAUGAUUUUGUUUACUUGUCUGAAAUGAUAAAUCUUUGAAUUAGCACGUCAACUGUGAUGAUCUUAUUAGUAAUUUAUGGAAUUAUAAAUAUAUAUAUAUAUUUUUUUUUUUUUUUUUUUUUUCAGUGUUGGCAGUUGUGAAUAUUUAAGGGAUUAUUUGACCAAAGCCUCUUUUUGGACAAAGUAUCGGUGUUUUGUUAAUGGUCAGCUAAGGAGCGGCCAUGUUCUGCGGCACUCGGUCCUGAGAGGAAGUCUGUUUAGGCAGGAUUAUAAAAGAAUGCACUACAACCCCAUGCUGGGCACCAAACCAUAGUGGAGGAAUAAGGCAAUUUUAUUAUUUAAAGUUUGAAGUAGCAACCCUCCAGGAGGUACUGUGGAAUGACACUAUGAUUCUCUGCAUGAGAGGGAAGAAUAACACAGGCAAACGCUCACCCUUUAUUUAUUCUGAUCUUUAAGGUUCACUAAAAUAAACACUUUUGUUCUUCACA